CUUGCGCGAGUGGGGGAAUAAGGUCUCCCUGAAUUUCGCGGGAGCGGGUGGGUGCGUGGCUGUCGGUUCUGCGCGGGGGAAUUGAUGGCGGGGAUCAUGACCGCGCCCUGCUGGCGGCGGCUCUGGACUCUGGCCCUGUCGUGCGUCUUGUUGUGCGGCUGCCCGACGAUGGGACUGGAGAGCCCUGUGUCGCCUUCGCCGACUCCUGCUCCGACCUGUUCUGAUUUUACUAAAAAGAGUUGUGAAGAAUGUAUAAAAAAUACUACAUGUCUUUGGUGCAGUGAAAAUUCCACUUGCAUGGAUUAUCCUGUAAGCAGACUGGUGCCACCAUCAUCACUGUGUUCACUUACAAAGUCUUACUGGGCAAUAUGUUGGGUCAGCUUGGAAGCCAUCAUCAUCGCCAUAGGUGUUGUAGCAAGCAUCUUUCUGCUGGUCAUAAUUUGCUGCUGCUGUUACUGCUGCCGCAGAUGUCGCCAGCGCCCUGGAAGGAGAGUAUCUGAAGAAGAAGAAAGAUUUAUUAGAGAUCAGGAAGAAAAACGAAUGCAAUCCCUUCAGCGGAGACAUGAAAGAAAAGUGAAAUAUGAUGAGAUACGCAAGAAAUAUGGUCUCCUCCAGGAUUCUGACCACCCCUACAGCAGAUAUGAGAAUGAAUGAAAAAUAACACUACUGCCUUAAAGAAAACACAAUAUUAAGAUGUUUCCAGAUCACCAAAUUUGUACAUAAAUGUUCAGUAGAACAUAAUGCUUCUUUUGCCUUUUUUUCUCCUCUUUUUGGAAAAAACAUUCUUUUGCAUCUAACUAUUCUAGUGUAAAAUGCCUCAAGUUUUUUUUUCCACUACAGAUUUUCUUUAGAGGAGUGCAAGUUGAGGUACAGAAACAAUGUACUUUUGCUUAAAUGCCACAGACUUUAUGAAACAACAAUACCGUCAUCUUUUCCAUGUUGCUAAAUAAAGAGGCUCUUUAAAUCUGUGUCAAGUAAGUGUUGGCAAGUAUUUGACACUGCAGAGGUGAGGUAUCACAUAAUCAUAGCCUACACCAUCUUCAUGACUCUUAAUAGAAUGCACAGGGUGUAAGUGAAAGAAACUGACACUAGGCGCUGACCUUAACUGAAUGAGUGUGAUCUGGUGCUCCUGGCUAGCUGGUACCCUCAGCAUCUUAGUACCUUGAAUAUGGCCUCUAAAUGACUGCAACCUGUCUCAAUUACAUUGGGUUGUCUAUAUAGUCCCUGAUCAUAGUACUUAAGGAGAGACAGUUGAAAUGUGUAUCUGUAGUAUGAACACUUGACUUUAAAAAAGAAUAUUAAAGAAGAUGGCAAAAAUCUGCAGUAUUGUAACAAAAACCUGUUAGCUGCAUAGGCAUGUGUUAGAGCUUUCUAUUUCAAUUUCUGUACAUUCCUAGAUUAUGUUGAAAAGGCUUGUUCUUGAUUCAUUCCUCAAGUAGUUACCCAUUUUUUCACUUUUUCUACUAAUGUACAAGAUUCUUUUGUAUAUAUUUCUCUCUCUAUAUUAUCAUUCCUAACAUUUACCAAAGUGGAUAGUUCCGAUAUAUUGUUAUAAUCGAAAUGGAGCCGCUACAGUAAGUAGUAGCUGUUAACUAGGACUGUACAGUGCUUCAGACUUGAAAAGAAAAAGGUGCUUUGGGGCUCAUGGAGGUUCCUCCUCAGAGCUGCUCAGACCAGCUGUGUCUUUUGUUGGGAUCGUAUAGCUACCCUCCACAGCUGCAUGAGGAUCCCAGGAUGGAUCUCUCUGCUUUAACGACUUGUUAAGGUAGGUAUGACGUAUGUAUCCAUGUGCACUCCAAAGUACAUUUUUCCUUUCACAUCCAAAGCACAGCAUAGCCUUACUAUUAACAUAUUCUAGUAAUUUAAACUGCUUUAAGAAGCAGGGAAGAAAGAUGGUCUAACAAGGACUGAGGUUGCUUCAUUGCAUGGCAAUCUGAAAAAGAAAAAUGGUGGGGAAGUGGAGUGGAUUCAGUACAAUAGUUUCUCUUUCAGAAGAAGAGUAUGCUGUAACAUUUUAUUGUAGGUACCAUAGUUUCUCUAUUUAACAAACCUGCAUGAUUUGUCAUGGCAUUACACAGCUAAAGUUCCCUAAGUAAAACUCUGAAAACUAGGGCUCGGUUUUUGCAUCCUUAGUGGUAAGAAUUCUGUAUUCAUUAUUGGGAGGUGAUUUUCAGGAAUCACAGUUUUCCCAUCUCAAAUUUGCUUUGCAGAGUUGAUGGUCUUUCAAAAAUAGUGUAAAAAGUAGCAUGUUGAACUAAAGGAAGGGCGGUCUUGUUCUGUUGACAGAAGCCUUCACCAAAUCAAAUAUGGUACAAGGCCCUCAGUGAGACAACCCAUCAAUUGUAUAUUUCCAUCUUGAUGCCUCUUAAGCUAGAGCGACAGACCAUUACUGAUUUAUCAGUUUUUUGAAAGCGUUCAAGUAGAGACAUACCAACCCAACUGUGCUUUGCAAACCCAUUGGAAACAAUAUAGUCGGUUUAUCUUUCAGCUCAUGUAAACCAGGCAGUUUUUUGUGAUUCGUGAUUUGUGAGAACAUACAGUGGUGGAUACUAUUUCUGCAGUGAGUUCUCACUGGAGAUACCUUGUGAAGAUGGACGCUGAAUGUGCUGUGGAAAGAUGUUUUGGUAUUUGAUCUGUACAGUUAAUUAGACUGCUAGCAACUUAGGUAUCUAAGCAUUUAUUUGAGCCUAUUUUGUGAAUGAUUACUGUGAAGAAGUAAUUGCACCUUCUGCUUUUCAUUUCCAUUUUAGCCUUGCUGUUUAAUGUUGCCCCUUCUGUGGACAACCAUCAGUAUAGAUUAUCUCAGGUUAAUAAUUUAUGCAUCCAACACGGAUGGCGGACCAUGGAAACUUUGCCUCAAUAAAUUUGGUAGGUUUCAAGAUGCCAUAAAGCUUCAGUUUUUGUACCUAGUUGUGAUAAUACCAUGUGUACAAUGAUAUUAGGAGGUUAUCUUUUUAUUGUUUUCUAUUUCACAUGAAUACUGCCUUGGUUUAAAAAAAAUCUCUUAAUAUGUUGUAUUUGAUUUUAACCAGUUGUUUUCAUGUUUUACCAUGUUUAAUUUUGUAGUUUGUAUUUUGUUAUGUGUGCAAAGGUAGAUUAUCAAUAUAAUAAACAACAAACUACGGGUGUGGUCCUGCCUAUGUUUAUGUGAAAUCA